AAAAAAUUCUCCGAACAAGAACAAAAAAAGGAAAGAUCUGCGUAUGUAUGUAUAUACCAUACCACCAGGCAGGAGACUAAUUGUCAGAUUGAUAAACGAGAGACGAGAAGCUCCCGCUAGCUUCGCAACCCUAGCGAUUCGUAACCGUUACCCCUCUCCUCGUACGCCUCUUUUUUCUCGUUUUUAUUUUUUUCUCGAUUCGCCGGCGUGGAUCUCCAGGUCACUGUGUGGAGAGAUUACUAGAUCAUGUACAAGGAGAGGGGAACGCGUGGAUCGAAGUCGGAGGUGAUGGAUCGGAAACGGGUAAACGAGGCUCACGAUAAUAACCGAGCGUCGUAUUCGAUGUCUCACACCGUCAGUGGAAAGGGGAAGGCAGCUUCGAACUCCGUCACGAUAGGGAAGCAAUUGAAUCAUCAUGACCACCACAGAAACAGCCGCGAUCCUCGUUCCAAAGCCACCAUUUCCGACGCUGUAGAUGUAUCAGACACAGACAGCGAAGAAUCUGAGGUCAGUGGUUCCGAAGGGGAGGACACCUCGUGGAUAUCUUGGUUCUGCAACUUGCGUGGGAACGAGUUCUUUUGUGAAGUUGAUGAUGAUUACAUCCAGGAUGACUUCAACUUGUGUGGCCUCAACCAUCAAGUUCCCUACUACGACUAUGCCCUUGAUUUGAUUUUGGAUGUUGAUUUUUCUCAGGGUGAGAGGUUUACAGACGAACAGAAUGAAUUGGUGGAGUCAGCUGCAGAGAUGCUAUAUGGAAUGAUUCAUGCUCGUUACAUUUUGACCAGCAAAGGCCUGGCUUCUAUGUUAGACAAAUACAAAAACUAUGACUUUGGAAGAUGCCCAAGAGUUUAUUGUUGUGGACAGCCUUGUUUACCGGUUGGUCAAUCGGAUAUCCCUCGAUCAAGCACCGUAAAGAUAUAUUGCCCCAAAUGUGAAGACGUGUAUUACCCACGAUCAAAAUACCAAGGAAACAUAGAUGGAGCAUACUUUGGGACAACGUUUCCUCAUCUGUUUCUGAUGACGUAUGGACAUCUGAAGCCACAAAAGGCAGCGCAAAGCUACGUUCCAAGAGUGUUUGGGUUUAAGUUACACAAGCCGUGAAGGAAAGAAAGAAAGAAAGAAGCAGGUACAAGAGCAUAUCAUGCGUUUUGAGAGAAAGCAAAGGGACUUGUGGAGACAAAACAAAGAAGUAAAGAAAGCAUAUUUGUAUCACGGGGAUGGAACUAGUUUCUCUUUUUUUUUUUGUGUGUGUGUGACUACAUUAGCAAAUCAUGAAUUGGUGAAGUAAAAUCCCAUAUUAGCAUUGUAAUGCUUACCUUGAUGUUUUUGUUUCUCCCGCAUUCAAAUUUGUUAACGCAAUUUACUCAAAUUGCUUCUAGUAAUGUCAGAUUUAUACGCUAA